GCGCGGCGGCGGCGGCGGCAGCGGCGGCGGUAGGAGCGGAGGUGGCGGCUGCUGGCGGCCGUUUCCUGGUGGCCUGGCGGCGGCGCCGCGUGAAGGAGAAUGCGGCGCAGGUCUCGGCUGCUGCUCUGCUUCGCCUUUCUUUGGGUGCURGGCAUCGCCUACUACAUGUACUCGGGCGGCAGCGCCGCGCUGGCCGGCGGUGGCGGAGGCGGCAGAAGCAAGGAGGACCCAAAUGAUAUCGACCCCAAAAGGAAAGAAUUGCGUGGCAAUGAUGGGGAGGACAAGGCACAAAGUGUGGAGACGCUACCUCCAGGAAAAGUUCGAUGGCAAGACUUUGAUCAAGAUGCCUAUGUUGGUGCUACUGUGGUGCGAUCUGGUCAGGAUCCAUAUGCACGGAAUAAGUUCAAUCAGGUGGAAAGUGACAAACUGCGAAUGGACCGAAGCAUUCCUGACACGAGGCAUGAUCAGUGUCAGCGGAAACAAUGGCGGAUAGAUUUGCCAGCCACUAGUGUGGUGAUCACCUUUCAUAAUGAGGCAAGAUCUGCUUUGCUUCGAACUGUUGUCAGUGUCCUUAAAAAAAGUCCAUCACAUCUUAUUAAGGAAAUCAUACUGGUGGAUGACUACAGUAAUGAUCCUGAUGAUGGUGCWCUCUUGGGAAAAAUUGAAAAAGUACGCGUUCUUCGAAAUGAUCGCCGGGAAGGCCUGAUGCGCUCACGUGUCAGAGGGGCAGAUGCAGCACAAGCAAAAGUGUUGACCUUCCUGGAUAGUCACUGCGAGUGCAAUGAACACUGGCUGGAACCRCUUUUGGAAAGAGUAGCUGAGGACAAGACCAGAGUUGUGUCUCCUAUUAUUGAUGUAAUUAAUAUGGACAACUUCCAGUACGUGGGGGCGUCAGCUGAUUUGAAAGGCGGCUUUGACUGGAACCUUGUGUUCAAGUGGGAUUACAUGACACCAGAGCAAAGAAGAGCACGACAAGGAAAUCCAGUUGCUCCCAUAAAGACACCCAUGAUAGCUGGUGGAUUAUUUGUGAUGGACAAAUCCUAUUUUGAAGAACUAGGGAAGUAUGACAUGAUGAUGGAUGUUUGGGGUGGAGAGAACUUAGAGAUCUCAUUCAGAGUUUGGCAAUGUGGUGGGAGCCUAGAAAUCAUCCCUUGCAGCAGAGUGGGUCAUGUAUUCCGCAAGCAGCAUCCUUACACAUUUCCCGGUGGGAGUGGUACUGUGUUUGCCAGAAAUACACGCAGGGCAGCAGAAGUCUGGAUGGAUGAGUAUAAAAACUUCUAUUACGCAGCAGUGCCUUCAGCCAGGAAUGUACCUUAUGGCAAUAUUCAAAGCCGAAUGGAACUCAGAAAGAGACUUAGCUGCAAACCCUUUAAGUGGUAUCUUGAAAAUGUUUAUCCUGAGUUACGGGUACCUGAUCAUCAAGAUAUAGCCUUUGGGGCUUUGCAGCAGGGUACCAAUUGCCUUGACACUUUGGGCCAUUUUGCAGAUGGUGUUGUUGGAGUUUAUGAAUGUCAUAAUGCUGGGGGAAACCAGGAAUGGGCCUUAACAAAGGACAAGUCAGUGAAACACAUGGAUUUGUGCCUUACUGUUGUGGACAGAGCACCUGGUUCACUAAUAAAACUUCAGGGCUGUAGGGAAAACGACAGCAGACAGAAAUGGGAACAAAUUGAAAGCAAUUCUAAACUGAGGCACGUUGGCAGCAACCUCUGUCUAGACAGCCGAAAUGCCAAAAAUGGUGGUCUCACCGUUGAGAUCUGCAAUCCUUCUUUGUCGCAGCAGUGGAAAUUCACACUUAAUCUGCAGCAGUAGGACUUACAAGCAAAAUGCUGUUUCAACUGAAAAACAUUGGGCAAAGUUUUGAUUGAAUUACUGAUGUGUUUCUUAAAACUUUCCACGGAACUUAUAUACCUCAGUAUUCCACCUUUAUCUGAAAGUAGAGUGCUGAAGCAGACACCAGGGAUCCAGGGGACUCAGAGCACUGCAAAGAUGUCACUGAGUAUGACUUCACACAAAGAAGGAAUUGUGCUGCAGACUUCAACUGUUCCUUUCUGUCUUCAGCUGCUACUUGCACAGCAGAUAAUUAACUCUAGGAACAACUGACGUAUGAUAAACAAAAGGAUCUGAAGAAACAUUUAUGGGAAACAGAAUG